AUUCUGUGUUUAUGGUUGCAAAUUGUGUGCACGUCAAGAAACAAAUGUCACUGUCAUUGCCAAAUUUUUGCAACAUGUGAGUCCAAAAAGGAUGCGGUUUUACAAAUUUCAUUAUAUUUUACUAACCAUGAGCAUUGCUACUGUAAAAUAUAUACAAUUUUGUAUGAAAAUAAUGGAUUUAAAAUAGUCAGUGCUACAAUAUGUUCACUAAAAGUUAUAAAUCAAAGUAUACAGCUGUUUUAAACCCUGAUGAGUCUGAAAAUCCAGAUAUAGAACCAAUGAAACGAAAAAUAUUCACGUUAGGCUGCCUUUGGUCAUCCUUAUUUACUGGUGUUUUAAUCGGAACAUAUUAUAUACCCUCGAUAGGUUUAACUUUCUAUCAAAGAUGGUUAUAUCAGAAUUUUCGAUUUCCAUUGAUAACUGUUUUGGUUCACAUGAUCGUAAAAUAUAUUCUGGCUAUGUUAAUUCGAAUUAUCCUUGCAAAGAGGCAAGGCAAGGAACGGGUUCUUGUGGGAUGGAAAGAUUAUGUACUAGCUGUUGCACCAACUGGAGUAUUUAGCGGCAUCGAUAUAAGUUUUUCUAACUGGGGUUUGGAACUUGUAAAUGUGUCUUUGUACACUAUGACCAAGUCUACAACAAUAGUAUUUAUACUGUUCUUUUCCAUACUAUUUAAAUUGGAAAAAAAGUCGUGGAGCCUGUCUGGAAUCGUGAUGAUGAUAACACUGGGUUUGGUUCUAUUUACAUAUAAGUCGACCCAAUUUAAUUUUCUCGGAUUUAUUUUGUUACUUCUGGCUUCCGCUUCGAGCGGAUUACGGUGGACCUGUGUUCAACUUUUACUACAAAAAUCUAAAAUGGGAAUGAGAAAUCCAGUAGAUAUGAUAUAUCAUAUGCAGCCAUGGAUGAUUGCCUCCGUUUUACCAUUCGCAAUAUGGAUGGAGGGACCCGAUGCAAUAAGGAAUUGCCAGCUUUUUGGUUUUACAGAUUUUUCAUUAUUCUUUAACUUAAGUUGUAAAAUUUUAUUGGGAGCUUUUAUAGCAUUCUUCAUGGAAUUCAGUGAAGUUAUGUUAGUAACUUACACGUCUAGUUUAACUUUGGCAAUAGCUGGAAUAUUUAAGGAAGUGUUUCAACUAGUCUUAGCUGUAGAAUGGAACGGGGACGUAAUGUCUCCGCUCAACGUUAUAGGCCUUUUUGUGUGUAUCUGUGGCAUAUCGUGCCACGUUGUCCAUAAAAUUAAAACCCAACCGAUAAGACUGCCUGGACGUUCGUACGAUAAUGAUUCAGAACGGAAAGAGUUAGAAGAAUACUUAAUGGACGAUGACUUACCUUACGAUGUAAAUAGUGAUAGUGAUGAUGGGGAGAAGAGCGAUACACAAGUUUUAUUUGAUAUUUUAAAUAGACACGAAAGAUAAUAUACCACCGUCUAUUGCUGACCGUUUUGUUACGGCACCAUGAAUAUAGUUUUAUUUAACGAAUUCUAUUUUUGUGCACUUUGAAUAAUGUCAGUGUGAAUGCUGUUAUUGAAUGUCGCAAGUAAGUUUUUAAGUUUUUACAUUCCAGUUUUAAAAGUGUACCUCUCGUACUUAACUGUAAAUUGUAAGAAAUUGAUGUUUGCAGGAAAUUUCUACUUUUAUAAACUUAAAAAGUAGUGUUUUACUUAAUAUUGUGAUGUUUUUCCUGAUUCUGUUUAUUUGUUGGUAUCGAUUGUUUUAAAGUAUUUGUAAAGUAAUAAAUGUAUAUAUAUUUA